AUGGCAACGCCGGGCCUGAAGAGGACGAAGCAGCAGCUCAACCUGCAGCCCUACGGCCAAGGAGGCAUCUCCCUCUCUUCACUGGAGCCUGUGCCGCGCAAUGGCCGGAAGAGAAGGAAGGACAAGCAUACAUGGAUCAAACACACACUUACGCCUUAUUUUGAUGGCCACUUCUGGAGGGAGUACGGCCAGAAGGUCAUCAAGGACGCUCCGCAUCCUAGAUAUAUGCUUGUCUCCUCAUACAUGCAUGGAUGCAAAUGUGACCGCAGGCUAUAUUUCAGAUGCUCUUACCGCGAAGAGAGGCAUUGCCAGGCCUCCAAGCUGGUGCAGCUGGUGACCCACGACGACCCGCCACUGUACGAGGUGACCUACAUGUACGAGCACACCUGCAACGCGGCACCCGUCCCAAGCCCCGGCGUCGAGGCCAAGGACGACGAGCCGCCGGCAAGCGGCGGCGGGCUGGUCCUCAGGUUCGGUUUCUCCGGCGGCGGCCACCACCACCACCAUCGUGACGCGCGGGUGCAGCUGCAAGAAGAGCGGCCGCAAUUCCACCGAUCUCCGAGACCGUCCUUGAUGAUGACGAACCCACCAGAUUAUUCGAACAACAGCCAGCAGCGUGCCUUCCCUUCGACUGUCCCGCCGCCGCCCACAAUGUCGUCGUGGUCGUCCCCGUCCUUUCCCAUCAUCGAAUCGUCGUCGUCAGCGACGCCACCGUGGACAGACGACGACGACGACAUCUUGACAUGGGACUGGGACUCGUCGACAUAUGACUUAUUAGCAGACGGCCAUUUGCAGCUCGGCGAUCAUGUGCAGUUACCUGGUAAUAGUCACAACGAUGAUGAAGAAUUAAUUUGUGUAAUUAUAUGGAUUAAACGACUUCAAUUAGAGUUAACAUUCUUUUGA